UACAAGUCUCAGGUGCCAAUCCAUCGUUGAGCACAUACACACACUGUGUGUAUUCCUAUUAGCCCAGUCUGCCUGCCUUUGGACUGUGAACCCAAAAACUCUAAGGAAACAUGCAAACUGACAUGCGCAGACCCCGAGGCGGGAAUCAAACCCUUGACCCUGGAGAGUCAUAGGCGCACACCCACACACCCUACAAUGGCAAUUGCCUGUCUUUGGACUGUGGGAGGAAACUGGAAAACUUGAAGGAAACCCACCAAGCACUGCAAGCAGACCAAAAGUGGGAAUCGAACACAGAACCUGGAGGUGCGAGGUGACAGUGCUUAACCUCUACGCCACCUAACUGUCUAUUUUCUAUACAGUCCUAUGUUGUUUGUGUUUAUUUCUGGGCUCUGUCUUCAAACUACAACUCCCACCAAACUGCUUUUUCAAAUCACGAAUCACCGUUGCUGUACUAGAACACGUGACGCUUCGCCGUCCAAUCGCGAGAAAUGUUGGUUUUUAGCGACCUCAUUCCUUCAUAGAUGCCGAGAGACCGAAGGCGCGUCUGCAGGAGCGGAGGAGAGCGCAGUCUGCGAAUAAACACCCCGCACCGGCCCAUGGUUCGGAUUCCUUCUACACCUUGUUGAAUUCGAUUGGUGACUGAGUCGGGGUUCACCCCGCCGAAGCGACCAGCGUUAUCUAUCAGCCAUGCCGGUCCGUACCGAGCGCUGUCCCGGUUCAGCAGCGGCCUGCGUGUCCUCGGCCUCUCUCAUUCCGCCGCCCCCGAUCAACACGCAGCAGCCCGGCGUCGCCACAUCGCUCCUGUACAGCGGCUCGCAGUUCCGCGGACACCAGAAGAGCAAAGGCAACUCUUAUGACGUCGAAGUGGUUCUACAGCAUGUAACGAUGGAGGACUCGUACCUGUGUGGAUAUCUCAAGAUCAAGGGGCUGACCGAGGAAUAUCCAACACUGACUACUUUCUUUGCUGGCGAGAUCAUCAGUCAGAAACGUCCUUUUCUAACCAGGAAGUGGGACGCAGAUGAGGAUGUCGAUCGUAAGCACUGGGGAAAGUUCCAGGCAUUUUAUCAGUAUGCAAAAAGCUUUAACUCCGACGACUUCGACUACGAAGAGCUCAAGAACAGCGACUUUGUCUUCAUGCGAUGGAAGGAGCAGUUUCUUGUCCCAGACCACACAAUUAAAGACAUCAGCGGUGCUUCCUUUGCUGGUUUCUACUACAUCUGCUUCCAGAAGUCCACAGCCACCAUCGAGGGUUUCUACUACCACAGAAGCUCAGAAUGGUACCAGUCGCUGAACCUCACUCAUGUUCCCGAACACAGCGCACCCAUCUACGAGUUCCGGUGACACUAAAGCCCUCUGAUGAGUGGAAGAGGGUGAAACUUUUGGACUGAGAUAUGAUUAAAGACACUGGUCUCAAGGAAAUAAUGCAGAACUGCCUAAUCAUGCCAAGUACUCUGUCAUUUUCUCUCACGACGGAAAGGAUGACAAAAAGACAUGCGGAUGAAAGAAGUCUUCACAGGCCACAAGCAAAUCAUUGUGAUGAAUUGUAGAAUUUACAGCAGUGUUUUCUUGUUUGUUUUGUUUUGGGUGUUUUUUUUUUUUUUUCUUUUCCCGUGAUUGCUUUCAUUUUGCCUCCAGGUUUUUAAAGCCUCUUUCAGUCUUUUUUGGCAUCUUAAUUAUUUAAAGAUUUUAGCCUGUGUUUUGAGAUUAAUUUUCUUGAAGUUAAAUCUUUUUUUUUUUUUUUGGGCCAGGUCAACUGGAUCAUUAGGUCAGACAAAUAUAGAUUACUACGCACGUAGUCAAAUUCUUUCAAAUCAGACUGGACGAAAGCAGCGGGAUGUCUUAGAGAGAACAAAGUUAAAGGUAGACGUAAUUACGACACCUGUGAGUGACUUGGGCAUCGAAGUCUGCGUUUUCCGAAGUGGAAAGAGCGCAAGUGUCUUCACGGAUCAAAAUCAGAACGAAAAGGUCGUUUUUGCUUCUUAGAGAGAUUAAAGAAUAUAAUUAUAUAAUUCUAUAUUUUCUAACAAAUCUUAUUCAGAGGUUUUGGAAAGAGAUAUUUUAUAUCCCACAGUGCUUUGAGUGAGCAGGUUUUUUUUUUUUCUUUUUUCUUCUUCCACCUUCCUUUUUUGUCAAUGGUGUGCAGCUUUUAAAAAAAGCUAAAUGACAAUAUUUUCUUCGUUUUGCUAUGCAACAUAAAAAUCUUAGCUCACCAACAUUUCCCACACAUUAUUUCAAGGUAGCAUUUUUUCCCCCCACAUACCAAGCAAGAGAGUAUUGAUUGGUAAGCACUUUGAUAAUUAUCGGUCUAUCAGUUCAGACGGGUGGGAUGUAUUAUCAUGAACAGGCGACGAUUUCUGAUGUUCGGUGUAAAAGCUGAAAAGCAUCAACGUGAAAAAAAAAAGGAAAGUGUCCUCCUAAAUGGCUUUCAGAAGUCAGGUCAGGUGGGUUUCUGGGAAAGACAAAUGUAAUGUUAAUAUCUGUCUAUACGAUAAAUUGUUUUGUUCUUCAGGUUAAGAAAUGCACAAAAAGACUUUGUGUAAUUACUAAAUACCUGUUGCAGAAAUUCCAGCUCAGUCCUCCUAAGCUUUAGUCAAACCCUUUGCCUUAAACAUCAGGUGUGUGUGUGUGUGUGUGUGUGUGUGUGUGUGUGUGUGUGUGUGUGUGGUUUUAUGAUAAAUGAUUUUGGAUGGUAAGAUUGUAUCAGAUGAGGAACAUUCAAAACAAGAUUUGAUGCCUCAUCAGCCAAAAAAACCUCCACAUUUUUUUUCUUCGUUCCAAGGAUAUACAUACUAAAUGAUUGGAUUACAAACAUGGACACAGUGUUACCCGGCUUUGAUUUGGUGUUGGAUUGUGUAAAUAUGACAAGAGGCAAUUGCUGAGAGAAAUCUAUUUGCACACUCACAGUUUAGUCAUCCUCUGAACACUCUCCAUACCCAACUUUACCUUAACAUGGAUGCAUUUAUUUUAUUUUUCAACAGUGAAGCAUCUGAGAUCUGAACGGAAUAAACAGUAGAUCUCGGGAUGUAUACAUUUAUCACAGUUUUGUACUAAAGCACCACUUCCGUCUCUUUCCUCUUCUAUCAGCUAGAAAAAAAAUAAAUGCACACUUGUUCAUAAUCAGCGCACUGAGAUCACUGUAUCACACGUAACCAAGGAGCUUGCGAUUGAGAGAGCUGCACAUGAUUGGCUCCAAGCGUUUUAAGACUUUUAUACGAUGACACAUGCAGCAGUGUAAAGUGAAACGUUGAACCGAGAAGGGUGUACAUAAUAAAGUUUGUGAUGUACAUUAUUUGAUUCCUUAUAAAUCGUUCAUCAUUAAUUUCUAGAAUGAAAAAAAAGAGAUUGGAAGUGACACCUGCUUGGGAUUAUGACUUGCAUGGAGAAAGAGCUUUGCUGCCACGAACAUGAAACGAGAUGAGAGUUUAAGUGCAGGAUAAACAGAGGCGCUUUGUUACAUUUGCAUUGAAAUAAAAGGGUACUCUUCAGAGA